AUGAAGGUUGGUGUGAUUAACACCCAUCACUCCUACGUAAAUGUUCCCAGGCCGGCAGUACAGGAUGCUGAUGUGGGCGUAGGAAAGAUAGAGAAUGGGAACAGGAGGUCUCUGGCUGAAGCAUAUGAUAGUUCAUCCAUAUUACAAACACAGGAGCAUGGGGACAGCUGCAGUGGUUAUUCUUCCACAAACAACUCACAGGCAGUGAAAGGAGUGCUACACAGAAUACCCAACUUUUUGGUUACCUUAAAAGACUGGGAGAAGAGGAUUUCCGAUGAAGGCUGCCAAACCUCAGACUCUUUCUUAGAAAAAAUUCAAGGUCCACAGCUAAGAUGGAGCAAUAAUUGUAAUAAUCAGAAUCUCUGUGAUGAGAUAUCAGAAGAAAUCAUGGAACAGCACCUACCUAGUGCCAUUGCACAGUAUAAUGUUAACAACAACAGUAAUAAAGAUGAAGAGAAAAAGAAAAAAGAAAAGAAGAGCAAAUGUGAUGGUAAAAAGGAAAAGAAAAAGGACACAGAAAUGCAAAAGAACAAGGACAAACACAGAAAUAAAGAUAAGCAUAAGAAGAGAGACAAGAAAGAGGAGGAGAAGAAAGAUAUUUUUGUUAUUGAUCCAUCAGGAAACUUGUAUUAUUACUGGCUGUUUUGCAUCACAUUACCUGUCAUGUACAACUGGAUCAUGAUCAUUGCUAGAGCCUGUUUUGAUGAACUUCAGAACGAUCAUUUAGAAAUGUGGUUCAUUUUUGAUUAUAUAUCAGAUAUAAUCUAUAUUGCUGAUAUGUUUGUCCGGAUAAGAACAGGUUACCUGGAGCAAGGUCUGCUGGUGAAAGAAGAACUUAAACUUAAACAGAAAUAUACAGGAACUUUACAAUUUAAACUAGAUCUACUGUCAGUCAUACCAACUGAUCUACUGUACUUUAAAUUAGGUCUGAACUAUCCAGAAUUAAGAAUAAACAGAGUACUUAAAGUAUCUCGUAUGUUUGAGUUCUUCCAGCAAACAGAAACAAGGACAAACUAUCCAAAUAUCUUCAGGAUCUCCACUCUUGUCAUGUACAUAGUGAUUAUUAUUCACUGGAAUGCAUGUGUGUACUAUUCUAUCUCCAAAGCCAUUGGAUUUGGGACAGACACAUGGGUCUAUCCAAACACCUCUGAUGCUGAAUUUGCCCGUCUGGCUAGAAAAUAUGUAUAUAGCCUCUACUGGUCGACGCUGACCUUGACCACUAUUGGGGAAACACCUCCUCCCGUAAAGGAUUCUGAGUACUUCUUUGUGGUUGUUGACUUCUUGGUUGGGGUGUUGAUCUUUGCUACUAUUGUUGGUAACAUUGGUUCUAUGAUCUCCAAUAUGAAUGCAGCCAGAGCAGAGUUUCAAGGAAGGAUUGAUGCUAUCAAGCAGUAUAUGCACUUUCGAAAUGUGAAUAAAGAAAUAGAAAAAAGAGUUAUUAAGUGGUUUGACUACUUGUGGACAAAUAAAAAAGCAGUGGAUGAACGAGAAGUUUUAAAAUAUCUACCAGAUAAAUUAAGAGCAGAGAUCGCAAUCAGUGUUCAUCUGGACACAUUAAAGAAAGUUCGAAUUUUUGCAGAUUGUGAAGCUGGCUUGUUAGUUGAACUAGUCUUGAAACUGCAGCCGCAAGUCUACAGUCCAGGAGAUUACAUUUGCCGAAAGGGGGACAUUGGACGAGAGAUGUACAUUAUCAAAGAAGGUAAACUUGCUGUAGUAGCUGAUGAUGGAAUUACCCAAUUUGUGGUUCUAAGUGAUGGCAGCUACUUUGGGGAGAUUAGCAUACUUAAUAUCAAAGGCAGCAAAGCUGGCAAUCGAAGAACAGCCAACAUUAGAAGCAUUGGAUACUCAGACUUAUUUUGUCUAUCUAAAGAUGACCUCAUGGAGGCUUUAAUAGAAUACCCAGAUGCAAAGGUCCUGCUGGAAGAGAAAGGUAAGGAAAUCUUGCUGAAGGAUGGGUUACUGGAGAUAAAUGUUGCAAAUACGGGAAGUGACCCUAAAAACAUUGAAGAAAAGGUCAGUCAAAUGGAAGGAGCAGUGGACAACUUACAAACAAAGCUUGCCAGGCUGUUGGCUGAGUAUGAUGCCACACAGCAGAAACUGAAAAAACGACUGACACAGAUUGAGAAAAUACUGAAAUUAAAUAUGCAGUCUGAAUUCUCAGAUUUAGAAGAAUUAGAUAAAUAA